AUGUCAUUGUCAUGGUGGGCCCUGGCGGAUAGCGCUUGCUUGUACCUGCCCGAAACGUUCGCGGAGGCGAAAGGUGCCGAACGCGCCACCGUGGGGACACUUCCUCUCGCCACCGUUCUCAUAAAGGCUGCUGGACAUGCAAGAGGAAACGAAUCCAAUGUGACGAAACUCGGCCCGGCUGCCGAAGAUGUACCGAGCGAGGGCUCACCUGCGAAGGCUAUGAAAUCCGUCUUCGUUGGGGCGCUGGAAUUGCAUCGCGAGGUCGCUUCAGCGGCGCUGAGAAACCCACCAAAGAAUCUAUACCACCUCCCUCAAAGCGAAGAUGGGAUCUUCGAACCAAAGGAGAACACAGAGAAGAAGGGGAUGGACAGGGCCAACCCGUUCUACUUCUUGGACAAUCUGCCGAAGUCCAAUCACUGA